UCAUUCGUCCAAGCCAUAGGGGGGGAUAUGGGGAUAUCGGCGUCGAAGAGGGUGAGGUCCUCCCUCCGCAGCUCGCCGGAGUUCGACUCGGCCUGCGACACCGCCUACGACCACUGCCUCGCCCUCACCCAGCACGCCUUCGACGGCGUCUUCCCCUACCAGCUCUCCUCCGCCUCCGCCCUCCUCCACCGCUCCCUCUCCCUCUCCUUCCCUCUCGUCUCCAGGUGGGUCCCCUCCCCACCCUCCCAGUCCCAGGUCGACCGCGCCCUCCGCCGCGCCACCGCCGCCGAUCGCCGGAGUCCGGGCGCCGGCGGCGGCGGGGAGGGCGACGGGCCCCAGCUGCUCGGGGCGGCGGAGUUCAGGGAGUGGGCCGCCGAGCUGUUCGCCGGGGCCGUGGUGGAGGGCGCCGGGAGGGCGGCGAUGACGCGGGUGCCGAUCGGGGUGGCGGGGAUCGCGGGGCUGGGGAUGGCGACGAGGAGCGGGAAGGAGGUCAUCGGGUCGGCGAUCGGGGUCUACGCGCUCGGCGUCGCCACGGCGAUUUACCUUGGCUUGUCUGGUUAGCGAUUUCUCCUGUUUUUUUUUUUUCUUUGUUUUGCUUGUUUUUUUUAAACUAAAUAUUGGUACUUUGUAAAUGUUAAUUUUCACUGUCGGGUCGGGGCAACCCCGUUCGAUUGCAAUGUGCCGGAAAUGAAUUGUGUUGAUGAAAUUGGGGGCGAAUUCGAGACAUGCUUCUUGAUGAGAUGAAUUGAAAUGGUGAAAGCAAAAUGUCGGGUGAUGAUGGGUCAAUCCUGGUAA